AUGGCAGCUUUACAAAGAUUCUUACAGCUGGAGCACAGAAGGCGGCUGAGAAGUCAAUCAGUUUAUAUAAAUGCCCACAUAAGGACAAAUUUUACCCCUCUUGACUCACUAUCUGAUGAUGCAAUUUUAAGAAAAUUCCGUCUUCCAAGGACCAAGAUUCUUGAAUUAUUUCAGAUAGUGAAACCACACCUUCAGAGGGCAACAAGAAGAAACUACGCCUUAAGUCCAGAGGUGCAGUUGUUAGCUACACUGCGUUAUUUUGCUGUUGGAAGUUUUAUGGAGGUGGUGGGUGAUAGCCUGGGGCUCAGCAAGUCUUCAGUCAGCAAAACUGUGACAACAGUAACACCUUUGCUGUUACAGCUGAUGAAGAGCAUCCUGGUUUUCCCCAAAACUCCUGAGGAAAUACAGCUGGCCAAUCAACAAUUCUAUGAUAUUGACAACAUCCCCAGAGUGAUUGGCAUCAUUGAUGGCACCCUAAUCCCAGUAUUAAGCCCUAAGGUAAAUGAGCACUUGUACAUUUGCAGGAAGGGCUAUCCAGCCAUUAAUGUUCAAGUAGUGUGUGAUCACCAGGGAAUGUUCACUGACAUUGUGGCAAAAUGGCCUGGAAGCACACAUGACUCUUUUGCAUGGGCCAAUUCUGCAAUUUGCCAGAUGGCUGAAGAAGGUGGCUUUGGUGAUAGCUGGCUGCUGGGAGACAGUGGAUAUCCUCUUCGCCCCUACCUCUUGACACCUGUGCAGCAUCCAGCCACCAUUGCAGAGGAAAGGUUUAAUCAGGCCCAUGGAAGGACACGCUCUAUAGUGGAGAGGACUAUAGGACUGUGGAAACAACGUUUUAGCUGCAUCAGCAAGUCCAGUGGUGGCCUAAAGCUAAACCCCACCAAAAGCUGUUCUGUUAUUGUGGUUACUGCAAUUCUCCACAACAUUGCAGUCAGGGAAAAUGUCCAGCUUCCUGAGGAGGAAGUUGGUGCCGUUGGAGCCGAUGGUGAGGAAGAUGCUGUUUCUGAUGAUGAUGAUGAUCCUUUGAACCCACAUCAAGGCAGAAUGCAUCCUGCAGGAGCAGAAGUCAGAGAACUUUUAAUUCAGAAUAUGUUUGGAUGGUAG